AUGGGCACCAGGAGAGCCUCGAGGCUUGGUGAGGGUACUGCGGAGGCGCGAGUACUCAUUGCUCUGCGCGAUUCUCUGGAGAUGGUCGAGAGCGGUUUGGAGCGGUUGAUGGAUCAGGAGCAGGUUCUGCAGCAGCAGCUGCAGCUGGAGCAAGCUCAGCAGCAGCGGGAGACGCAAGAGUGGGGGCCGAGAGGGCGGGUGAAGAAUUCAACGAGCCACAGUAGCAGGGAACAACGUGGAGGGGAACGCGGAAGAGCAUUGGCGGACGCGCGCGGAAGAACAGCGGCGGAGCUGCAGAUGGCGCUGCGCGUGGUGUGGUCGCAGGGGGAGAGCCAUCGCGGCCGCGAGGAAGUGGUGGUGAGGGAACUGCUUCACUUCGUCGCCAGUGUCGCCCAGAUCCUGCCAGGAGCAGAUAAUUCCGUAGCAGAAGAAACCCCAGCACGACACGAUGACAGGCAACCUUCUGGACCUCUAGAGCCUCCCCCCGUUUCUACUGCCUCACGCCUGGUCCCCCUGCCUCUGCUGCCACUGCAGCGCCUAGCCCAUCCUUUCCUGAACAAUAGCUUCCGUCUUGUUGACGCUCUUACGGGCGGCAUGGCUCAGCAGGUUUCGUCUGGGUUCUCAGGCUUGCUCCGGAACGUGUGCAGCAAGCCGAACCUGUUUUCCAAGCCUCUCGGUCAGCUUGGGUCCUUGGGCGGCACGGUGCUCGGAUUGGGCGGCGCAGUGGGGGUUACUGUAGGUUUGGCGCUCAUGGCUGCUAAUGCUGCAAACGGAGGGGUUACUAACGGGGUGUAUCAGCGAGUAGGGGUGCCUCUGAGGGUGGAAGCAGGGAAAAGGGAGUGGGGACGGCAGGUUGAUGCUGAGGAGCAAAAGUACUGGGCUGAUGAGUACAGUGCGAGAGUGUAUGCUGGUACUGGGCAUGACAGUAACGAGUACAGUCCUGGUAUGGAGGGGCAUAGAGAGUGGGGCGGAGGGGAGGCUGAGGAAAAGGUGAGUAUUCCUGUGGAGGAGGGAGAUGAGAGGGGAGGGGAGGAAGUGAUGGGUUAUGCGGAGAUAGUGGGAGGACUGGUAGCGCCUGUGGUGCGCGGGGAAGGGUAUGGAAUGCAUGGGGUAGGGUAUGGGAAAGGGUAUGGGGAAAGGUAUGGGGAAGGUGUCUCUUCUCCCAGCACUUCCUCUGGAAAUUCCUUCAAAGGAUCUUCUCCUGUCAUAGCUACCUCUUCUGGGAGUGAUGCCCCUGUCCGUGUGCAUGAGAUGGUGGGGGACUCGCCUCUGCAUGUGGUGAGUGAGUGGGAGGGGAUAGGCGGAGGAGGGGAGGAGAAGGAGGGGGCACUGCAUGUGCUGAGGCAGUGGGAAGGCGGGCAGGAGGACGACUGGGGGGGUGCUCAGUGGGACUGGCUUGCAGAGGAAGAUGAUGAGGAGGGGUUUGUGAGAGAAGAGGUGGAGGAGUGGGAAGGGAGGAGCGAAGGGGUGAGUGAGGGUGGGGGGUUGAUGGGAGCAGGUUGGGGUUGGGAGGAAGAGGAGGGUGAUGUAAGGGGUGGGUUGCAUGGUGAUGAGGAUGGGACUGCAGUGUGGCAGCAGGGGCCUAUCCCAGGGGGGUCUAUGGGAGGUUCUACCCAGGGGUCUGUCUCUUUGUUAGGGGUGCGGCAAAAGGAGGAAGUGCAUGGUGAUGAUGGUGGUGGUGACGCUCUGGGGCAGCAGCAGCGGAAGUGGUCCCAUGACCACCAGGCAUCAGUGGGGGAAGCGGUGUCACUGGAGCGGAAGGAGGGGAGACGCAGUGAUUUGGUGGGUCUGAGUGCUGAAGAAGAGAGGGGACAUAUUGAAGGACGAAGCAUUGGUGGUGGUGUGGAGCGUAGGGAUGUUAGAUAUGAUGGAGACAGGUGCGAGGUUCUCAUUUCGCUCAAUGGCAGCACAACGGUCAUUUCGUCCGGCCUGCUCAAGCCGUUCGCGAGCCACAUAAAGGCGGUGGAGGAUCAGCUCAGCAGCGGCUCGCACCUUAUCAAGCUCGACCCGCGCACACGCACGCAUUUCCUGAAGCUUCAGAGGCAGAAGCUGCGGGGGGGAUAUGUUCCGCCUGUGGAGGAGGAGGACGGCGCGGAUGUUGACGAGUUGAUCUCUUGGUUCACUCGAACCACCGUGGAAAGGGCGGUGUCGUUCAUCAGCUCCCCAGGGCUCAUCGAGCACGCCGUGGCGAUCGAGAGGGAGUUGCUGCACCUCGAAGAAUCGCUCACCGCCGAUCCCUCUGCCUCUCCCGCCGCCGACUUCGCCCAGAUUUCCCUCUCACACUCUACCCACUCACCGACCCUCCUUCUCUCCUCCUUAUCUCUCCCUCUCCCCUUCUUUCUCCCUCACUCUCGCUCGUCCCCAUCCGGCUCUCCCCCCCUUUCUGUCUCACAGAACGGGUUGCGAACGGUGGCGGAGAGCAACGGCAACGAGGAAGGAGGCGAGCUCAUCAUGCGCAUCCGCAAGGCGAUGCACAUGCGCCUGGGCAUGCUGAGGCGCGAGCAGAACGUGGCGGUGGCGCGCGCAGCAGCGGGCGGAUUCACGCGCGACAUCCUCUCGUCGCUGCUGCUCUUCGCCGACUGCUUCGACGCUCUGCGCCUUAAGCAAGCGUGCGUCCAAUUCUCCACGCUCCUCCUCCGCCGCGAGCUCCAAGCCAACCCGCCGCCCGCCGCCCCCCCCGCCGUGUCCGCAGUCUGGCUUCCCCUCGCCCCGGAUGCCGCCACCACCGCCGACCCCGCGGACGCCGCCGAGUCCGGCAGAGACUCCCCCGCUGCGGACGCAGCGGCUGCGGCUGCUGGACCCUUCGCUAUAGGCACUCCCGUUGGUGGUGCCGGCCAUACCGGCCCGUACUCCUUCGUACCGAUGUAUACUUCCGGUUCGUCUGGCUACACACCCGGCAACCCCUUCCCCUAUGGCCUCGUGGCUGUAGCCCCCGGUGCUACAGCCGCCGCUGGCCAGUUCCCCGCCGCUACAGACAUGGCGGGGUUCGGGCGCGGAGGGGGGAACGGCGGAGCUCUAGGGGGAGGGCCGCCGGGGGCGGUUAGGAUCGGGGGAAAGCCGGUGUUCGGCGUGCAUCACCACCACUACCACCGCAUGGGGGGCGGCGGGCGGAAGAACCGCGCGGCUGCGCGCAUCUCCCCCAAGCUCCGCUCGUGGGGGAACAGCGGUGGCGCGGGUGGCGCCGGUGCUGGUAACGGCGAGCGGAACGGAGAGCUCGCUGACGUCAGCAGCGCGCGGUACUAUGACUCGGAUUCCGGUCUCCCUGGCGGAAGGGCGCGCGGCGGAGGCGCAAGGGGAGCGGCGAGCGGAGGAGGCGGAGCGGGGGAGGAUAUGGGGAUUAUGUCCGAAGCCGACAGCUUCAUCAGCACCGUUGAUGUGGAUGCGAUGAACGGUGCGGAUGCGGAGAUGCUGGUGCUGGGAGUUGCGGGGCGUCCAGGGAGCGCUGGCGGGGGGUUUGCUGGGAGCCGUGGCUGGAGCAGGGUGAAGGGGGGUGGCGGGGGAGGGGGAAUGGGGGGGAUGCUCCGGCGCAGUGGGAGCGGGAGCCUGUUUGUGCGCCCGUCUGCUGUGGCUGAAGGCUCAGAUGAGUUUGAUGACGCGGAUGAGGAGGAGGACGAGGAGGAUGACGAAGGAGCGGGCUUUCCAGAGGGGAGAAGGCAGCAGCAGCGCAACAAGCAGCGCCAACAGCAGCAGCCGCAGCAGCCGCAGCAGCAGCAGCCGCAGCAGCAGCAGCUGUCACAGCUCGUUCUAGACCCAGAGCUGAUGCGGAGAAUCCAGGAGGUUCAGCUGAUGCAGCCGGGGAACCAGCAGGAGGCGGAGCUGCAGCAGCAGAUGCUGCAGGACCUGCUGGCGCGGCAGCAGCAGCAGCUGCAGAUGCAGAUGCAGCAGCAGGAGCGGCUGCUCCAGCAGCAGCAGCAGAUCCAGCAGCUGCAGCAGGCGAGCAAGCAGCGCGAGGAGCAAGAGCAGAGGGAGAAGGAACAGCAGAGGGAGAAGGAGGAGAAGGAGGAGGAGGAGCAGAGGGCGCUGGAGAAGGAGCUGGCUGGAAAGGACUGGCUUGCGGAUCCCACCACUCUGGCGUUCCUGAAGCAGCCUAACACAGCCCCGGGGGCGACAGCAGGAGGCCCGGGCGCAGGGGGAAAUGACAGUGUGUUGUUCGGCAUUGGCAGCGGCAGUGGCAGCGGUGGCAGCGGCAGUGGCAGCGGUGGCAGCGGCAGCGCUGGUUCGGACUCUGGGCCUUUCUCAGACGAUUUCAUGCUCAUGUCUGGUGUCUCCUCUCCUUCCCCCGAUUUCCUCACUGGUGGGGGAGGAGCAGGAGCAGGAGCGGGAGGGGUGUCUGCUUUUGACCGCUCCCGUUCCCUUAACCAGGUGCCUUAUAACGGGGGCGCGAAUCUGGAAGCGGAGAUGCUGGGGGUAGUGGCAGGGGCGGGCGCGGGGGGGGACUCCUCCGCCCGGGAUUUCCUCGGGGAAGAUGCGCUCCGUGGGCCUGUGGACGAAUCUGGACCGUCGAACCACGAGGAUCUGAUGGCGUGGGAGGCGUCGCUGGGUGAGGCGAUGCUGGUGGGAGGAGGGCCGGAUGGUUCUUCCUCUUCGUCCUCUUCUCUAUAUGGAGAUGAUAUGGAGCUUAGCCUUGCUGCUGAGAGGGCUGCAGGAGAAUCAGCAGGAAGGGGCGUGGGAAGGAAAGUUGGGCCAGGAGGAGUGGGAGCGAGGGGAGUGGGGGGGGCGGGGAGAGGGCAGGGAGUGGUGGGGAGCGGUGUGGCGGGGCGAGCUGGGAUUGGCGCGCGUGGGCGGAGUUUGUCGUCGUCUUCUGCUGUUGUUGCGGGAGCAGGACGUGGCAGGGGCCGGGCGACAAACCCGCAGGACCGUGUUCUGAUGGAGAUGGAGAGGAAGCAGCAGGAGGCCGCUCGCCGCAGGGAGGAGGAGAAGAAGCGGCAGCAGGAGGCGAGGCAGCAGCACCUCAAGCGUGGGGCGACAGGCCUCGUCCGUUCCACCUCCACCUCGGGCAUUGAGAGGCGCCGCACCACCCCUGCCACGUCUGCUACUACCGGCGUUACCAGUGGUAACCGCACUGCUACCGCCGGUGGGGCUGCUAGGGGUACCCUUGGGUCCCUUGCUGGUAGCAGGUCCCUCUCCCAGCAGCAUACUGCUUCCUCUGCCAUGAGACUCGCCGCUGCUGGGGCUACAGCUGGUGGUGCUGCUGGUGGUGGGUCGUCUGUUUCUGGGGCUGCACGGGUAGCUGGGCGUGUUGCCGCACGGCCCUCGAGCCCUGACCUGUGCCGGGCCGGGCAGCGGAAAGUUUUGUCCAGCCCGGGGUCGGGACCGCGGAGCAGUGAGCAGCAGCAGGGGCAAGAGAAGGAGAGAGAGAAGCCAGGAAAGGAGAACAAGGGGAAGGAGGCCAGCGCAUCACCAGCGGCACCACUCACAAUGGCAGCAGGGGGAGGAGUGAAUGUUGGGGGAGCAGCUGUCUACCACCACCCCCCUGGCAUGCCGCAUCACUCCCCAUACGGGUCCCUCCCAGAGGCAGGUGGGGUGGCACAAGGGCGACGGGCAAGCAUGGAGGGCCAGGAGAAACUCGGGAUGCUGAAUAAUGGCGUCCAUAUGACCAAUGCUUACGGGUAUACUGCACAUACUGCACCCCAUCAGAGCCACCCUGCUGCUGCGCCUAUGCUUGUUCAUGGGGGUCCCGGUGGGGCAAGCCCUGCGGCUGUGGGGUUUGGCGAGGGGCUUAGAGAGGCAAGGCUGAAGCAGGAGCGGGAGUAUUUGGAUAUGUUGAGGGAGAGAGAGGCUGCGUGGGUUGGAUCGGAGCAAGAUGGGGGGGAGAAGAAGAAAUCGUCUGGCUUGAGGAAGCUGUUUGGUGGCUUCGGAAAGUAG